AUGGCGAAUACACCAGCAAGUUUUAGCUAUCUGUCAGAAUUCGGAACACCAAUUUCACCUAAUUCUUCAGAACCUAAUUAUAUACUAGACGAGGAAGUCAAAUUAUACGCGAAUAAUAAGGAACGAGAGAAGUAUGAAAAUUUAGCAGAUGUCUAUGCUAUAAUCAUAACGAUGGAGUACUUAGAGAAGGCUUAUGUUAGGGAUUCCGUAAGUGCUGCUGAGUUGACACAGUAUAAAACUGCAAUGAACUUAGUGAGCGAUUUGAUACCUGAUCUGGAUAAAUUUAUGAAGGAUUACAAG